AUGCCACCAAAAAAAGGAAAAAAGGCUGCUCAAAGCAAGAAGGUUGAAGAAGUUAAGCCUAGAGAAACAAGGCUAACUAGUGCAAGCAAAAAAAGAGGAUCUAAUAGAAAUAGUGUAGAUAAAAUAUAAACUCCAAAUCCAUAAAAGCAAGAAGAAAUCACUGCAUAUAUGAAAGAUGAUAUUGUAAAAAAAGAAGUAAAUGGAAAAAGUUUAGAAGAUGAUUAAAAGCAAAUGGAAGUUUUUAUUUCACCAAAAAAAGAUGUGCACCAAAUAGGAAAAUUGCACUUCACUUAAAAUUCAACUUAAAGCAAGUUGAAUACUCCAUCUUAAAAAAUAACUGCUCAACCUAAUAAAGUGGAAUCUAAGACACUUUUUACACCAUCUAAAGUUUAAAAGAAAAUUUGGAAAGUUAGUUUAAGUGGUUUUACAAAGCAACUAAAAGAAUAUAAUAAAAAUGCCAUUAAAAGUUUAAAUGGUGAAUAUUAUGAAAAUUUUCAACCUGGAAUAGAUGUUCUAAUCGCUUCAAAAGCUUUAGGUGCUAAAACAAAACUUUCUUAUGAUUCCGGAGUACCUAUUUUGAAUGUUAAAUGGUUGACAGAUAGUAUUGCUGAAAAGUGCUUUAUAGAAGAUAUUAAGAAAUAUUUAUUAAAACCAUUUGAAGGCUGCAUGCUUAACAUUCUUGGUUUUAGCUAGGAUGAGUAUUAGGUUAUUAAAUAAAGUGUCAUGGAUAAUGGUGGCGAUUGUAUAAAUGACUUAAAUUAUGUUCAGAAAUCAUCUGAUUAGUAAUCUUCUAAAAUAGAUAUGACAGUAAUCAACUCAAAAAAUAACUCCACAUCAUAUUUAAAUAUCAUCAAAACUCCAGCAGUAGAUGAAAAAUGGAUUUAUUAGUGCAUAAAUAGAUAAAUGUUUGUGUUUCCUAAACACUAUGUCAUUAAUAAACUUGACUUGAAUUUUAAUCUAUGCUAAGAGGAAUAUAUUAACAAAAAAAUGAAAGAAUCUGAAUGUUCAUAAAAAGAUUGUAAUUAUUUUUAGAACUGCACUUUUUAUAUUCAUACUUAGUUUUUGGAUUAGUAGAAACUUAAAAUUAUCAAAAAUUUAAUCAAUUAUGGAGGAGGAUUUUAUAUAAACUAACUUUUGCCUUGUAUUACACAUAUAGUAACUCCUUAAUACACAAAAUAAGAUUUAGUUGAAUUCAAUUAAUUUGGAAAUUCUAUAUUUUUAGUCCACCCUGAGUUUUUAUUAGAAGCAUCUUUUAUAUACAAAAAAUUAAACGAGUUAGAUUAUCAACCUUAGCUUGUCGAAUAAUAAGCAAAUAGUUAGCAAAUAUUCUCUUAGGAAAAGGUUAAAAAUGAUACAAAUGGAUUUUCAUCAACUCAACAACAAGUUAUUUAAACUAUUUCAGCAAUAGCAAAUAAAAAUAGAGCUAGUAUAAAUAAUCCUAUGGGAAAUAUGUUCAAUAGUUAAACAGGAAAUGGCAACUUGUCAAGAAUGAGCAGUUUUAAUGGUAAUGGGAAUCCUUUCUAAGGAAUUAAUUAGCAGUAAAUAGCUCUUGCAAAUAUACCUGAAAAUGAAGAAGUAAGUGAAAAAACUGAGUAAAAACAAAGAAAGUUAACUUUUAAGUAGUAAAAAUAACUUGUCACUGUUAAAGGAAAUUUAUUUAAGAAUUGCUACUUUUACUUAGAAAUGAGUCAAUACAAGGAUAAGCUAAAAUAGUAUAAAACAAAAAUAUUUGAAAAUCAAGGAGAAAUUUUAAGCUUUAUAGAUGAAAAAGUUAGAGAAAUAUUUUAUAUCUUGGAUGAUAAGCCUCAAAGUAAAGUAAUUAUGGAAAAGCAGUUUUAAAAUGCCUCUUUCUACAGCUAUCGUUGGAUCGAUUUUUGUAUUGAAAAGAAGUAAAUUGUGAGAAAUUAUUAAGAUCAAUAACUAUUUUUCCUUGCUCCAUUCCCUCAUUCUAUGCCUCUGAAAGAAUUCGUUGGUUUAAGUGUUUAUUGUUCUGGCUAUAAUCCUAAUGAGAAAUUGGCACUAAAAGAGACAAUCAAAAUAAUAGGAGCACAUUACGAAUUUGCAUCAGAAAAGAGAUGCUACUUAAUAACAGAUGACAAAGAAUGUAAAAAAUAUAGAUAUAUUCAAGAUUAACAAUAGCAUCUAUCUUAAGAAGAAUACGAAAUUAAAUGGGGAAAAUUGAUGAUUGUUGGUUCUUUUUGGCUUCUAGAAAGCGUUACUUAAGGAAAGCUUCUUGACCAUGAGCCCUACAAGCUUUGA